AUGGGCGAGCUUGAGCCUUGGAUUGAUGAGAAUUUCAUCCGUUCAGUUUGGUUUGGUAUGGGCGAGCAAGUCAAUGUCAAGAUGAUCCGCGACAAAUUCUCCGGCAACGCCGGCUACUGCUUCAUCGACUUUGCCUCUCCUGCUGCCGCUGCGAAGGCUCUUUCCCUCAACGGUUCCAUGAUCCCGAAUACGUCCAGACCUUUCAAGCUUAACUGGGCUUCCGGUGGUGGACUCGCCGACAGACGUAGUGAUGACCGAGGACCAGAAUACUCCAUCUUCGUUGGUGAUCUUGGCCCCGAGGUCAAUGAAUACGUCUUGGUUUCUCUAUUCCAGGCUCGUUUCCCUUCGUGCAAGUCUGCCAAGAUCAUGACAGAUCCCAUUUCUGGCAUGUCAAGAGGCUAUGGAUUCGUUCGCUUUGCGGAUGAGUCUGAUCAACAGCGAGCUCUCACUGAGAUGCAAGGUGUUUACUGCGGCAACCGUCCUAUGAGAAUCUCCACUGCCACUCCGAAGAACAAAUCUGGAGGUGGUGGACCCGCUGGUAUACCAAUGCCUGGUGGAAUGGGUGCUGGAAUGGCUGCCCCCGGCAUGUACGGUAUGGGCGCUCCUCCGCCUUUGGGUUACUACGGUGCGCCUCAACCGAUGAACCAAUUCACUGAUCCCAACAACACUACCGUCUUCGUUGGUGGCUUGUCCGGAUACGUUACUGAGGAUGAGCUCCGUUCCUUCUUCCAAGGCUUCGGCGAGAUUACCUACGUUAAGAUCCCACCCGGAAAGGGCUGCGGCUUCGUUCAGUUCGUCCAACGCCAUGCCGCUGAGAUGGCUAUCAAUCAGAUGCAAGGCUAUCCUAUUGGUAACUCCCGCGUUCGUCUCUCAUGGGGCCGCUCCCAAAACAACUCUGGACCCGCUGGUACUCCUUACCGCCCAGCUCCUCCUCCACCUCAGUAUCAGUCAAUGGGCAUGCCCCCUGCUCACCCAUAUGGCCAAUUUCAACCCUUACAGGUAAGUGGUUUCAAUCACGCGCACCACUUCUUCUGCUAA